UGCUUGGAUACAAACAUAAACAUAAUUUGGUUUGUUUUCAUGCGAACAAGGCGGAAAUAGAUCAAAAUGGCAAUUGCUUCGUGCAUGACUGUGAUGGUUUACCUUGCGGAUUUACUGGUUAUUGAUGCAGGGAGAGACGGGACGGAAGAUCAGAGUGGUUGGUUCCGUCUAGACUGGAACGUGACAUAUGUGACCUGUAUAGCCUGUGCCCUUAUAGUACUGGUUCUUGUGUUGACGAUACGCGGAUGGCGAUUCUUUGUGGCGUCUCAGGAGCCGAUUGAUCCCGGAUCAGCACAUACUCUACAGACAAAUGACAUACAGCAAUGUGGUGAGCCAUACCCAAAGAUGCCGAAAGAAACGAACAUCAUAACUCCACAUGCUGAGAAAAAGUCUGCAAUUGAUACGCUCGAUGAGAUAAUGAAAUCCACGCUCAAUAAUCGGAAAGAUAUCACCAAGGACUGUCGUCAUGACUACACCAGCCUCUUUGCAGAAGGUGCCAAUCCACAAACUAAUGACCAUCGUGACCAAGAUCCUUUAAACACCAAGGGGAAAAACAGACAAAGAUCUCAACAGGUUAAUAUCAAUCAGGAACGAAUUAGGCCCACAGCUGUCUCUGACAUCGCCAAUUGGGGAACUGAGAAACACGAUGACUCCGAAAGUAAGGACGAGACAAAUAAGGCUGGACCCAAAGGAAAGGUUGAUACCGACGGUGAUCUCUUUUGGAAAUCCGAUCUCAUGCAUUCAUGUACUUCGAAUGGGCGUAUAGAGGAGCUGUUUGCUUUGAAGCGUAUGUUGGAUAACAGUGAGAGAGUUGUUAAAAACGCCAUUGCAUUUGUUGAUUCUGUGAAGACACCACACCGAUAUAGUUUGGGAAGGUCACCCAAAUUUGACAUGAUGAAGGGAAGACGCGGACACCUUGGGAAUAAGCCACCUGCUUUGGAGAGACAAGUGUCAUCAUCCAAAUGCCAUGAGAAGAUUCACGAGCGCCCAUCAGUACAACUAAAAGAUGACAAUGGGAGAAGCAGCAAAAUAUCUCAAGAUAUUAUCCGUCCUACAAUCGUCUCUGACAUCGCAAAUGAGGCUAAUUGCAAAUUAAAACCAGUUGAUCUUAGUCUCAGUGCUGUCGUUAAGGAUACAGAGAAACACGAUGAGGACAAACGUAAAGAGCAGACAAAUCAGGCUGAUCCCAAAGUGAAAGAGAAUAACAAUGAUGAUCUUGGUCAAAAAGCUGAUGGCAUUCAUCCAUGUCCUGCGAAUAGCCAUAUAGCGGAGCUGUUGGCUCUGCAGCGUAUGUUAGAUGACAGUGAGAAAGUUGUUCAGAACGCAAUUGCAGUUGUCGCUUCUGUGAAGACACCACACCGACUUAGUCUGAGAAGAUCACCCAGAGUUUACACAAAGAAGGAAACACGCGGACUCUGUGCGAAUAAGCCACACGAUUUGGGGAGGCAAGUUCUGUCAUCCAACGUCAUCGAGAAGAUUGACGAGGGCUCAGUUCUAAAACAUGGCGAUGAUAAAACUCCCGAUGUUGAUAUCAUGGUGAAUGAUGCAGUUGUCCCCAAGAUCAAGACAAAGCAAGUCAGCUUUAAAAAACCACAGGAUGGAGGUGUAGCUAUCAUGGAAAUCCCUGGCCGAGAGAGUGACAAGUACUCCAAAGAAAAGAAGAACACGUUCAGAAAGAGCGUGAAGAGAGCCAUGGCACCAAUGAAGCCAACUAAAUUGAUAAAUCUUUGCAAGACACUGAAGAACCGACUAAAGAAGGGCAAAUCAGCCAAGGAACAAAUAGCGCCAGCAUGCUGUGUUAACGACGGUGUUACAGAACUUCAAAGAACAUUGCAGGUUGUCCAAAAUGUCCCUACCUAUGGGGAUAUGGCAGAGAUAGAUAAAGUGUAUAAGAAUGACCUCAGGACAAUUGUAGCCCUCAAAAGUGAGAUCAUCUGUAUCAUUCAGGCCAUACCUGCUGAGGAAUGUAUUCAGAUAAUUGACAAUUGUGCAGACAGCAUGGGUCAAUUUGAGGCAAUUUUCCUACUGUAUUUUGGAUCUCAUAUACCAAUUACUAUCUUCAUUGAUGCUCAAGCUGUUUUUCCUCAAUGGAUCUAUCCUAAAAUCGCUGUUGAUUUGCUUGAGUGGUACAAGGUGGAGAUUAAGGAUCAGAUGAUAGCUUUGAGUCCUGCUUGGUUCCAAUCAUUUGUCAUCUGUGAGCUCACAAUGCAGUUCCCAUUCUUUUUUGUUGCAUGCUAUGCCUUUUGGAAAGGUAAUUGUCCCUGGAUUCGCAUUCCAUCCAUCGUAUACGGCACGCAUGUAGCCACAACACUUGUACCAAUACUUGCCCAUAUUUGGUGGGGUGAUUUCGUUGAAUCAAAGAAAUAUCCUGCUCCUCUCACAUACAAUGAGAAAAUGACGCUUACAGGGAUCUAUCUUCCAUAUAUCUUGGUACCUCUUCUGUUGCUGUAUGUGAUGCUCUUCACGGAUAGAUACACUGACAAAAAGCAGAAAAGAAGUUAAAUGAUAAAUAGUGAAAUUCUAUUUCUGAAAUAAUUCAAUGAUGCAUAAUCGUUUAUUUUUUCGAUAAAGCUUCAAUUUCAGCUCAAAGGACUAUUCUGUGAUUAUCAAAGCUUUAAACAUUGUUCUUUUGAAAAUUCUGGGUAAUUAUUAGGUGACAAUUUCAGAUUUUUUGUCCAGUAAACUUUUAACAUACCACUAUGUGUAGUAGCGGAUUGGGAAAUUAACAAGGGGCCAUGUUUGAGUCUAGAAAAAUAUGUUGGGUCCCUAAAAACCGAAAUUUUGAAAAAUCAAGGAUCAUUUUUAAAUUGGCCGAAUAUGCCCAAAAAGUCCCAUUUGUGAGGCCCUACAAAAUGGCUACCACCCCCCUUAUGAUCUUGCUAUAGCUUCUGGGUCGAUAAAAAGAUGGCAGCACCAAUGCAAAUGACCAAUCUUAAGAGUAUUAUGUAUUAAAUUGGAAAGUUUAAUUCCAAGCAUUGAGCUACUGUAACUUGUAACUAUAUUGAGCCAAUUUUGAUGGAGAAAUUCAUAUUCUAAGAACAUAGGAGUUUAUUCUUUCACGUCUAAACUACUGACAAUUUGCUUAUUUCUGUAACCUUGACCAGCUCUUACUUUCUUCCU